AUGAAGAAACUGUUCGCAGGAAACAACAGAAAUAAUGGAUCAGUGUCGGAUGCGAAGCUUGCUGGGGCCAAAGGCAUCGAUGUUCUCGGAAAUUUCGCUUAUGUGGCGGCCUACACAUAUGGGGGCAUCACCUUCGUGGACAUCUCUGACUCUUCGAAUCCGACCGUCCGAGGUAGUGUGCAAGCCGCAAGCUUGGCAGGGUCCAGUGGCAUUGUGGUGGACAGCGGAGGAAACUAUGCAAUCGUGGCAUGUGAGACGAGUCAGCACGUCAUCCAAGUGAACAUCGUCGACCCCGACAAUCCUUCUGUGGCCGUUGUCGUGGAUGCAGUGGAAUCAGUGGGCGCAACAUUCACACCCAUCGACAUUACAUCCACUCAGGGCAGCGACCCAGACAUUAUCGUGGUUUCCAGCUCUUCUGGAGAUGGGAUGGUCUUGAAAGAAUGGUUCGAUUUCACACCACAUUUGUUGUUGGACGACAGCUGGGUGGAGGUGGACAUUGCAGAGCAUUCGGCUAAAGCUGCCAUAUACCAUUGCGAUUGCCAUUGGGGUGGUCGUUUGGUCAAAUUCGUGCUGAGCGGUGUGGUUGUUCACAACCCGCCCCUGAUUAAAAGCCAUGCCCUGGUGCGGCCAGAAGUCAGGGCCCUGCAUCAGAACGCGUCGGAGGCUGUCUUUGCACCCGAAUUGCUUGAACUGCACGAUCCUGGCACUACCACUGUGCAACAGUUUUCCUCCUGGGGUUUGCUUCGACUGGGCAGUCUCCUUUUUGCCGAUCUGGAAGAACCAUUCCGGAAGAAUUCGAGUGAUUUGUUGCGGUGCUCGUCUGCUGCAAGCUAUCAGAACCUCCGGCGUGACUAUCCGGAUUUCGGUGACAGCGCAUUAUCUUUCUACCAGGAUGGAGUCGGUCGUGCUGGUUUGUUGGUAUGCCAUCCGUGUGAAGAGGAUGGCAGGUUUGAUGUGAUUGGUGUGUUCAAUGUGCCACAUGAGAAGUUCGAUGAUUGGUCUGCAAUUCACUUCAAUCUUGUCUUGGAGUCAGCCCAAAGAGUCGCAGACAGAUUCUUGAAUGGUCCGAGCAUUUCGACGAUGCGCGAGAGUGAUGAAUAUUUUUACAUUGUUUUGACGAUACAGAGUUGCAAGCGUGGCUUACCUCUGGUCCCUUUGGUUACAGACGAGCUGCCAACGACCACAAUUGUUGCAGGAGAACGCCUUGGUCUGGAUCGCUGGAUACGUUUCAACCCGGAGUCGGUUGGCAGCUCCAAGUUCUACCUGUCGGAGUACAUCAAAGUAUUGCUGUCCAAUGUUGGGGAGAAUAUUGACGCCUACAACUCCAUGGAUGGACGUACUCUCAUGCCCUAUCAGUGUGCCGUACGCCGCGAGCAGUGGAGCUCAUUGAGGACACGAUUCGUUGAAGUCUUCCUCUUGCAGAAAACUGCUUACCGGCGUGCCAACGGCGGGUCCACUGCACCAAGCAUGCAUGAAGGCGUCGAGCCACGCUUCAGUCCGGACACCUCCGUGAUGCUGCUGAGAGAGCGUCUCUUUCGUGGAAAAUCGCAGACCGCACAUCAGAAAGUGCUGGUGCGGCGUACUUUUCUCGAGCUAGAGGAGGAUGAGUACAAGAUGGGUAGAGACCAGCGGCGACACAAGACCACAACUGUGUUGCCAGAGAACUCUCCAAUCCUCGCGGCCUAA